UCGUCGUUGUCUUUGUCUGCGUUUUCCGGUUUGCAUCGUCGCUGCCGCGAGAGCCUAGCGGAGCAGCGGAGCAGUCGGUGAAAGAGCCUCGACCGAGGAAUUUUGAUACGAUCGCGCGCUGUGCUCUUCGUUAACAACACCAACGACGAAAAAAAAAAAUAAGAAGAAGAAGCGAGCAGCGGAAAAAUAGUUUGUACAGAGUGAUCGUUUUUCGGUAAUACAACUGUGCGAAGAGCCCCGAGAGCUCGUGCGGUGCGAGAGUGCGUUCAAUAUCACACGAGUUAAGCGCGAUUUUCCAAGCGCCGCCGCGGCUCGCAAUACCAUCGUCAGCAGCAGCAUCGAAAUGGAUCCGAGCAAUUCCAUACCGACGUUCUUCGCCGGGCGCAGCGUCUUCGUGACCGGCGCCACGGGCUUCAUGGGCAAGGUGCUGAUCGAGAAGCUGCUCUGGUCCUGCCCGGACGUGCGCGAGAUCUUCAUGCUGACGCGGCCGAAGAAGGGCGUCAGCAUCGACGACCGGCUGAGAAAGAUGCUGGCCUUGCCGCUGUUUGACAGGCUACGCGAGAAUCGGCCGGAGGCCUUCGAGAAGCUGAUCCCGGUGCAGGGCGACGUCGCAGCCGAGGGCCUCGGUCUGCCCCCCAUCGAGCGACAGUUCCUCAUCGAUCGCGUCUCGGUGAUAUUUCACGUGGCGGCGAGCGUCCGUUUCGACGAUCCGCUCAGGGAUGCCAUCUUCCUCAACGCCCGCUCGACUCGGGACGUGUGCAUAUUGGCCGCGAACAUGAAGAGGCUCGUGGCGCUGAUGCACGUCAGCUCGACCUACAGUCACACGGACAAGUACGUCGUCGAGGAGGAGCUCUAUCCCUGCGAGGUCGACUGGAAGAAGGCGAUCAAGAUGGCCGAGACCAUUGACGAUCAUACGCUGAGGAUCUUGACUCCCAAAUUCAUGGGCUCGUUUCCCAACACCUACACGUUCACCAAGCGUCUAGCCGAAGCCUGCGUGGCCGAGUACGCGGGCAUCCUGCCCAUCGUCGUGUUCCGACCCUCGAUCGUCAUCUCCUCGAUGGCCGAGCCCGUGCCCGGCUGGCUCGACAACUUCAACGGCCCGGUGGGCAUGAUGGUCGGCGGCGGCAAGGGCGUGCUGCGCGUCACCUACUUCGAGAAGCACAACUCGGCGGACUUCAUCCCCGUGGACAUCGCCAUCAAGGCCAUGAUCACGGCCACGUGGAAGCGCGGCAUACGCACCAUCACCAGCGAUCCGCGCAUCGACGUGUACAACUGCUCGUCGGCCGACAUCAAGAGCAUCAGCAUGGCCGAGAUCGCCCAGAUGGGCAUCUCGUUCACGGAGAAGAUACCGCUCGAGGACAUCAUCUGGAUACCGAGCAUCACCAUUGCCACGAACAAGUUCACGUUUUACUGUCUGAUGAUGGUGCUGCAUCUGCUGCCGGCGCUGCUGAUCGACGGCGUGCUCAAGCUCGCCGGCAAAAAGUCCAUAUUGGUGAGGCUUCAGCGAAAGGUUUACGUUGCCAACAGCGCGCUCGAGUACUUCUUGACGAACGAAUGGAAGUUCAAGAAUCAGAAAUUGCUCGACCUCUUGCAGUGCACGCCGCCCUCGGAUCUCGACUCGUUCGGCUUCGAGUACGCCACGUUCGACAUACACAAGUACUUCCAGAAUUGCAUCAUCGGAGCGAAGAAAUACCUGCUGCACGAGGAUAUGAAUAGAUUGCAGGAGGCCAAAGUACACUACGAUCGAAUGUACUGGAUCGACGUGAUAUUCAAGGUUCUCGUAUCGAUACUGACCAUCUGGCUGCUCUAUCGUCUCGGCUUCAUUGGCAAAGCCGUUCGGCUCUAUCGCGCCCUCAUGACGGCCUUCGAUUGAGACGAAGUAAUGAAUGAAGAACACACGACCACUAGCAAACGUCAUCGGGCAAAGCACAUCAUCGAUGGAAGAAACCAUAAUUAGCCAAAAUCAAGAACAAUAUUGAAUUUCAUGUACAAAAAUACGAAACACAAAAGAAAAAAAGCAAAAAAAAACAACAGACACACAUAAUACACGUGUGUGCGUAAGUACGCGCGAUGUAAGUGCGUCGAUCUCUAAUCACUCGCA